AACUGCAGAGCUUGUUUCAGGCUGAAGCUCAGAGGCAGCAGAGGCAACGGCUAUCGACAUAAACCAAAUCCCCAGGGCAGCUGUCAGAGGUCGAUGUGACCGGGCCUGCACAGCAGAUUUGUCUGGAUGAGAGCACUGAGUGGGUUUCUGCACCGGGUCUCUCUUCACGGCAGAGUUCAGAAUUGCACUACAAUGUCUACGGUGGCUUCUCUGCAGUAAGCACACAAAGGUUAUGCUGCCCAAAAGCUGUCUGAGUCCCAGUGAGAAAGAGAAGGGCUAAAGCCGCACCAGUCCAAACCAGCUUUCCAGCAGCGACUUCACUGCAGAGCCAUGAGCGACCCCAGCGCUCCCAGCCAGAUCACUGACGCCGUGGCAUCGGUUAUUCACGGACCAGAGGCUCCUGCUUCAUCACUACAUGGGUCUCCGCGCCCAGAAGACGAGGACGAUGGAGACCUGAACAAGGCCUUGGGUGUCCAACGUUUCCAGCAGAUCCUCAGCCCGGCUGCUGCCGUACCCGAGGAGCAGCACCACACCUACCAUGAGGAGGACAUUGAAUACCACCGUCACUCGUCUCACCACAUCCACCGGCCUCUGUCCAAACUGCCCCUCGAGGGACGCAGGAAGAAGAGCAGCAAGAAAAGGAAGAAGGACAAAGACCACAAAAGCAGCCAUGCUCCCAGCAGCGGAACCAUAGAGGAGGGGGAGGAUGAGGAGGAUGAGGAAGAAGAGGGGACCGAACCAAAUUCUGCAGCGUCUGAAUCAGAGAAAGUCAAAGAUGUGGAGUUCUUUGUUUCCGAUGAAGACUCUGCAGCCAAACGUGACAAAGAGAGUCCACACUCAGCCCGGGACCUGGACAUCGUACCACAGUCUGGUGUGGGAGCAGAUACUGAAGAUGCAUCUUCCACAGAUAAACCGGGCAGUUCCAGCCCGGCUCCCCAGUCAGCCCCACCUGAACACCCACCUCUGGCCCGGGUUUCCUCCGCCAGCCGCAGCUACGACCUGCAAGAGCGUCGGCGAACGGGCAACAUGACGGGAGCUGAGCAGGCCAAGUACCAACGCAUCCCCACUGAUGAGAGUGAAGCCCAGACACUGGCCUCCGCUGACCUGGACGGCAUCAAAAGUCAUCGUUUUGAAGAUGUUCCUGCUGUGCGUAGACACCUGGUCAGAAAGAGCACCAAGGGACAAGUGGUGCACAUCGGCAAAGACCACACAGAGCCGACCACUCGCAGCCGUAAGCAGGACCGGACCCCUCAUGAGGUGUUUGUGGAGCUGAACGAGCUGACGAUGGACAAGAACCAGGAGAUGCAGUGGAAGGAAACGGCUCGUUGGAUCAAGUUUGAGGAGGAUGUAGAGGAGGAGACGGACCGCUGGGGGAAGCCUCAUGUUGCUUCGCUGUCCUUCCGUAGUUUGCUGGAGCUUAGAAAGACCAUCUCCCAUGGUGCGGUGCUGCUGGAUCUGGACCAGAAGACCCUGCCUGGCAUCGCCCACCAGGUGGUGGAGCAGAUGAUCAUUUCUGACCAGAUCAAAGCCGAGGACCGAGCCAAUGUCCUGAGAGCCCUGUUGCUGAAACACAGUCACCCGAACGAUGAGAAGGAGCACACUAGCCAUUUCCCCAGGAACAUCUCUGCAGCCAGCCUGGGCAGUCUGAUCUCACACCACCACAACGCCAACCACAACCACCAGCCGGAGCCGUCUGUGACCGACCCCCUGAUGGGCGCCGUGAUCGACACGGACACGCGCAUCAGCAUAGAGAAGAGCGAGAUGCAGCAGAGGGAGCCGAGCGUGGGGCCCGGCAUGCAUCGGUCCAAGUCCAAACAUGAGCUGAAGCUGCUGGAGAAGAUUCCUGAAAAUGCCCAGGCCACGGUGGUCCUUGUGGGCAGCGUGGACUUCCUGGAGCAGCCCACCAUGGCGUUUGUGCGGCUGCUGGAGGCGGUGGAGCUGGAGUCCGUCCUGGAGGUUCCGGUGCCGGUCAAGUUCCUCUUUGUUCUGCUGGGACCUCCCACCACCAGCAUGGACUACCACCAGAUAGGACGCUCCAUCUCCACCCUCAUGUCUGACAAGCAAUUCCAUGAGGCGGCCUAUAUGGCAGACGACAGACAGGACCUGCUGAACGCCAUCAACAGCUUCCUGGACUGCAGCAUCGUGCUGCCGCCUUCAGAGAUGGGAGACGACGAGCUGCUGCGCUCCGUCGCUCGCUUCCAGAGCGAGAUGCUGCGCAAGAGGCAGGAACAAGGGGUCAAAGCAGCCAAAGAGCCGAAAAGCUUUGAGGAAAAAGAGGCCCAACUCACACCUCUGAAAACGUCAGACGACCCCUUACAGCGAAGUGGACGGCCCUUCGGUGGGCUUAUACGAGACGUGCGGCGGCGUUACCCAAAGUACGUCAGCGACUUCAAGGACGCCCUGAACAGCCAGUGCAUGGCUGCCGUCAUCUUCAUCUACUUCGCCGCUCUCUCUCCAGCCAUAACAUUCGGAGGUCUGCUGGGUGAGAAGACAGAAGGUCUGAUUGGAGUUUCUGAGCUGAUUGUGUCGACAGCAGUGCAGGGUGUGGUGUUCUGUUUGCUCGGAGCUCAACCGCUGCUGGUCGUGGGAUUCUCUGGACCCCUGCUGGUCUUUGAAGAAGCCUUUUACAGUUUCUGCAAAGCAAACGAGAUGGAGUACCUGACGGGUCGCGUCUGGAUCGGCUUUUGGCUCAUCGUCAUCGUGAUCAUCACCGUGGCCUUCGAAGGAAGCUUCCUGGUGCGCUUCGUCUCCCGCUUCACCCAGGAAAUCUUCUCCUUCCUCAUCUCCCUCAUCUUCAUCUGCGAGACCUUCAUCAAGCUUGGCAGGAUAUUCAAGGAGCACCCACUGAAGCGCUGCUCCCUCUCCAACAGCACCGAAGACGGCCCCUCGACAGAAAACAUCACCCUGAUGCUGAGCAACAGCUCUCAGCCUGUGAUGGUGAAGAUCCAGGGGGAGCCCAACACUGCAUUGCUGUCUCUGGUUCUCAUGGCUGGAACUUUUUUCAUCGCUUUCUACCUGCGCAAGUUCAAGAACAGCGCCUUCUUCCCCGGCAGGUUCCGCAGGGUCAUUGGAGAUUUUGGUGUUCCCAUUGCGAUCCUCAUCAUGGUUCUGAUCGAUUACUUCAUAGAAGACACGUACACGCAGAAACUGAGCGUUCCCAGCGGAUUCUCCGUGACGAGUCCUCAAAAACGUGGCUGGUUCAUCAGUCCUCUGGGCACCGACGGUCUGUUCCCCGUCUGGAUGAUGUUCGCCUGCUGUCUUCCUGCUCUGCUGGUCUUCAUCCUCAUCUUCAUGGAGACUCAGAUCACCACCCUCAUCGUCAGUAAGAAGGAGCGGAUGCUGGUGAAAGGUUCUGGUUUCCACCUGGACCUGCUGCUCAUCGUGGUUCUGGGUGGAAGCUCUGCUCUGUUCGGCCUUCCGUGGAUGGCCGCCGCCACCGUCCGCUCGGUGACCCACGUCAACGCCCUCACCGUCAUGAGUAAAGCCGUCGCCCCCGGAGACAAGCCUCGCAUCCAGGAAGUGAAGGAGCAGCGGGUCACCGGGCUGCUGGUCGCCAUCCUGGUUGGCCUGUCCAUCGUCAUCGGAGACCUGCUGCGUCAGAUCCCGCUGGCCGUUCUGUUCGGCAUCUUCCUCUACAUGGGCGUGAUGUCGCUCAACGGCAUCCAGCUAACAGAGCGGAUGAUGCUGCUCCUCAUGCCGCCAAAGUACCACCCCGACCACACCUACGUCCGCAAGGUCCGUACGCUGCGCAUGCAUCUCUUCACCUGCAUCCAGGUGGUGUGUUUGGCCGUUCUGUGGGCCGUCAUGUCCACCCAGGCGUCUCUGGCCUUCCCCUUCGUCCUCAUCCUCACCGUCCCCGUCAAGAUGCUGGUGCUGCCGCGCAUCUUCUCCGGCAGAGAGAUGGCUUGUCUGGAUGCUGACGAUGCAGAGCCGAAGCUGGACGAGCGCGACGGCCACGAUGAGUACUCUGAGAUGCACAUGCCUGUCUAACCAGCAGCAAGCCCUCGUUUUACCACUUAAAUCCUCUUGGCGGACACCAAAAUCUAUCACAACCAAUGAGAGUUCUGCGACGAACUCCUUUCAAACUUGAAACGCUCACAGGAAAGAAAAAAUCGUGCACCGCCGGAGGUCUGGUUGCUUUUGAUCACUAUUUAAGUAGCUUUUCUGCCGCUUAAACGCAAUUUGUUGCUCAAAAACACGAACCGAGGGGUUUGUUAGCAUUUGCUUACUCAUGAAGUGCUUUUAUUUAAAAAAACAUCUAUUUUGGGGGACAAGAGAUUCCAAAUCAAACGAUGCGAUCUCGAGCUCAAAAUUAUUAACCGUAGCUAGAUUUUGCAAGACUGAUUAAUUUUUAGCCUUGAGAAGUUGCUCUGAUUCACAUUGAAUAUGUGGAGGAUAUAUAGGAUACAUUCCUUUAUAUUAACAAGCUGAAUUAUUGCUAUUCAAGUUAUUUUUUUCACAUUUUAACCUCACCAAGCGCCUUAUGAAGGAAAUAAAAAGGUAUAUUGAGCGGUGUUUUUAUUAUUUUUCCUCAUUCUGUCUUAUUUUAGACAGCUGAUCACUUUACCAGAAACGCGAAGCUCGUAGCACUUUUCUAAGAAACCAAAUCUGAACAAUGACUGUAUUAUAAAUAAUCGUUUUAUCCUCUUAGCGUUGCCUUAGGUCGCUUCUUAAAUGAUCUGUGGUUGAUUUUUAGCCUGUCCUCCUUUAACCAUUCAUUUUUUGUACUCAAACGCAGAUAAUAGUUGAGCUUUUGUGUCACAUCAUGUACCUGCAAUGAACUAAGAUAACCAGCAGAGGGAGAUGUUGCAGGACUGUUAUGUUAAUGUACCAAAAAAAAACACAUAGAAAUGCAAUUUGUCGUUACACUAAUGCCAUAACAUGUUGCUUCUCUUCAUACAAACACUUUUAUUUUGUAGAAAAUAACGCAGUGGCAUAUUGAAUAUACUCUAAAUGUUUAGGGCACUAAAGUACUAAAAUGUAGUUUGUUCUGAGGUCUCACUGGGUGUGUUUGGGUUUAUGGGAAUUGCUGUAAUUUAUUAGGUUGUUUGUUCAAGUGCCAAAUGUGUCGUGUAAAUACUUUUAUGAUCAGAACAAUAAGCUGCAGUUCAGUCAUCUCAUAUCUUCUAACUGGUGUUUAUGAAGGAGCCUAAAUUGACACAUUUUCAUACUGCAAGUUUUUUAUUAAAUCUCUUUUUUUUUUUUUUUUUUUUUUUUUUUUUUGGCAUUGACUAAUUGAAACAUUUCGCUCAUGGCAACUUGGUUGACCAAAAUUCCACGCAAUCUGUGUAGACAAUCUCAAUAUUCACGCAUUGCUGAGAGGGAAGGCUUUUAUAUGUUCUUUUUUUUUAAGUUUUAUGUCAUGUUGCAUCAGUGUGACAUGGAUUGGUUAAAGCUUUGACUGUGUCAAAUAUCUUACAUUUCUCGGUCCUCUGUUACUCUCACGGAUGCAUUUCGGACACUACUUUUCCCGUCUCAGCCUGAAUGACUGUGAUCUUGUGCCUGUUUGGUGUCACAAAGCUGCGCGAUAUCUCAAGUGCCUGUGGGACCACGAAGCAAUCAGCUGCAAGUGUCUUCUGUGUUUGUAAGGACGGCACACGUUGCAAUAGUUUGCACUUUUGAGACACUCAUGAUUCAGACAUCUCUAUUAUUUAUCUGUUGCAAUAUCUGGCAUCGUUGCUGUUUAUGAAGACUUAUUUGGGGGCGCCUCACUUGUUUUUAAUGUUCAAACACACACGGCUGCACCUUGGCCACGACAAUGAAGGAGAUAUUUAUAAGAAGUGGGCAGUGGAGUUCAGUGUUUGUCUUGUGUCUGCUUAUCGUGCCACUUGUGAAAGAAGUGAAGGUUAGACUGUGUCUGUCCACAAAUCUGUCAGUCAUGAAAUGCUGAUAAGACAUGUGAUCCAUUUCAAAAGCAAUACAAAGCCAGAGAGGCUGUUGCUGAUGUUCCCUUGUACAAUAAUGGUUCAAAUAUUGAUGACAAAUAAAAGAUAUUUUCUAUUUAUAA